AUGUCUACCUUGGAAAUAUUAACUCACGCACAUGAGCUGAUCGCAAGAUCUGGGGGUUCUUCAGCCUCGUCAACAAGGCCUCCGAUAUUCAAGGUCGUUGGAAUCAUUCUGGCCAUAGCAUCUGGCGUCUUCAUUGGAGUGUCCUUUGUCUUGAAAAAGCUCGGAUUGCUAAAAGCGAAUGCCAAGUACAAUGAAGAAGCAGGAGAAGGCUAUGGCUACCUCAAGAAUUGGUAUUGGUGGAGUGGCAUGAUACUGAUGAUUAUUGGAGAAGUCUGCAACUUUGUCGCAUACGCUUUCGUCGACGCAAUACUGGUAACGCCUCUUGGUGCGCUCUCAGUCGUCAUCACCACUAUCCUGUCUGCUAUAUUCCUGAAGGAGCGCUUGAGCUUUGUUGGCAAGGUCGGAUGUUUCAAUUGCAUUGUUGGUUCCGUUGUCAUUGUGAUCAAUGCGCCAGAACAGUCUGCCGUAGCCAAUAUCCAAGACAUGAAAAAGCUUGUGGUUACGCCCGGAUUCUUGACUUACACAGGAGUCGUUAUUAUUGGUUGCGUCUUCAUAGCGCUUUGGGCUGGUCCUCGCUAUGGAAAGAAAUCAAUGAUGGUAUAUCUCAGCAUCUGCAGUCUGAUCGGCGGUCUGAGUGUUGUAGCUACCCAGGGGCUGGGUGCUGCCAUCAUUGCUCAGAUUCAGGGGAAGCCUCAGUUUAACCAGUGGUUUCUAUACAUUGUACUUGUCUUUGUGAUAACGACACUACUUACAGAAAUCAUCUAUCUCAACAAAGCAUUGAAUCUCUUCAACGCAGCUCUAGUGACACCGACAUAUUACGUCUUCUUCACGAGUGCCACCAUCGUCACUUCUGCAAUAUUGUUCCAGGGUUUCAAAGGCACCCCAGCAACGAUAGCCACAGUCAUAAUGGGCUUUCUCCAGAUAUGUACAGGUGUUAUUCUCCUGCAGCUGUCGAAAUCAGCCAAGGAUGUACCAGAUACCGCUGUCUUCAAAGGAGAUCUUGACCAGGUUCGGACGGUUGCGGAGCAAGCCGAGCCAGAAUAUGAGCCAAGAGCUGAUACGAUCCGUGGAGGUGGCGCUAUUGUGCGUGCCAUCUCGUCCGCACGGACGAAACGACAAAUCGAAGAAGCAGAAAAACUGCGUGAGGAACACAUGCGACCAAUUGGAGAGAAUGAGCAGGUCGAAUUUGAUGGCCUACGACGACGCAGAACUGUUAUGGAAUCCGGACAACCGUCUCUAAGACGCCAGAAGACCAUUCAUCCACCUCUAGGAAUGACACACUUUCCAGCAGACGGCGAUCAGAGCGACGAAGAGAAUUUGCAUCCUGGCUUUUUCGCACGACUCCGUGGUUCUCGUAAGAACACCGACAAGCCUCUUCCAGAAGAGCCUCACGGCAUGGCUAUGGAGGGACUAUCGCCCGAGGGUGCUGCUCAGAGGUCAUUUGAUGGCACAGACGACCACGUCUACGGGCUCCCAACAGGUCUUAGGAAGGUACCACAGGACAGCAUCGACACGAGCUAUAAGCCUCAUGAGACGACGAUACACUGGUCAUCUGAUAUCGACCAGCCGCACUCCACCUCUGGCUCCCAUCUCGAGCCACCAAGGCCGCCCGCCCACGGCGCGAGACGCCAAUUCUCCUUCCAAAACGUCUUCCACAGAGGCCGAGCCACAAGCGACGCCAGCUCGCGUCCAGACACGGCAAAGAGCCAUUUCAGCUUCGGCAGCAACAAAGGCCCCCGCCGAAGCGACCGCGCCGCAACCGAAGAAGAGCGUCUCGGACUCGUCAAGGGCGACAGUCGCCAUCUACUCACUCUCCAGGAGACGCGGUCGUCGGAGCAGCAGCAGCCGCCCCCACCGCCGCAACACUACUCCGACACCGAAUUUGACGAACCGGUUGAGGCCGUGUCUCCGGUCUCGUUUGUCAGACCACGCGGUGACACGGGCGCUUCGGGCCCGAGUCGAUCAAGAGAUACGCCUACUACUCAUGACCCUGAUGACAGUGAUGACGGUGAUGAUUUGGAGAAAGGGGGCGCGUCGAGGGCGUUUUUGUGA